AUGCCGCCAAAGUUUGUCCCCCGGCAGCGAAAACAAAAGCACCGGCGCCAAGAGACAGGCGCGCCGGUCGACACCAACAUUGCGGAGCUAGCGCCUGUCUCCAAAGAUGAAAAAGAAGCGCGGAGGCAGAAGCUGCGAGACGAGCUACGGGACCAGCAUGCCAAUGUCUCUUCGAAGAAACAGAAGCGCUUGGACAAAUAUAUUGAAAACAAACUCAAGAAAGAAGAGAACGUCGAGCUUCUGAAGAAGCUGGCUCAAGCGAACGUCGAUACCUCAGCACUACAGACCUCGAGGGAUUUGGGAAAGCGCAAGAGACAGGCAGAUGAUAGAAUUCCCGCUACGGCUCCUGCGCACAUAGCCUCCGCACCUGGAGAAGACUCCGACGACUCUGACAUCGACUUGUUGACAAGCUCUGGCGCACCGGCGCCGACGGCCCAAAUACCCCAAGGACCCGUUGGAAGUGGAUUGAAGCGCCCUCUUGAACUUGGACCGGAUGGCUUCCCAGUCAUCAAGAAGCGGAAGCGUACGGCCAAGUCAAAACCCGCGCCUGCGCCGGAGCCGGAGCCCUCCUGGGAAGGCUUCGGAUCAGAUGGCGAGGGUUCCAGCGAAGAUGAGGAGAACGCUGACUCUGACAACUCAGAGGCUGAGGCUGAGGCUAAGGGUGACUCUGAAGACGAGGAUUCUGAAGAUGCCUCGGAGCAAUCAUCUGACGAUGAUCACGAAGACUCGGAUGAAGACUCAGAUGAUGAUGAGGACGAGGAAGAUGAGGAGGGAGAUGAAGGAAAUGAUCGUCGCAUCAAGCCCCGAGAGUCAGCCUUCAAAUCAUGGGCUGUUCAACAAAUUAACGAGGCCAUAGGCUUCAAGCCAAGCGAAGGACCGGUCAUUCAUGAUUCAGUGCAACAAGCAUUUGCGCCGCCCAGGAAAGAGCCCCAAAACACUGUCGAAAUGGAGGAGCCUCUUCCACGCGAACUUGAAGUCACUACCGGAAACCCCUUCCGUAAGGCCUUCAGCGUUCCCGUCGAGCGUUCUGAAGAAAUCCAGACAGCUCGUCUCGGGCUCCCGGUGGUUGGCGAAGAACAGAAAAUUAUGGAAGCUAUCUACAACAACUCCGUUAUUGUCAUUUGGGGUGCCACUGGUAGCGGAAAGACCACACAGCUCCCCCAAUUCCUCUUUGAAGCUGGCUUUGGCAACCCAGACAGUCCGAACCCGGGCCUCAUCGGUGUCACUCAGCCUCGUCGUGUGGCCGCCGUGAGUAUGGCGAACCGUGUCUCCCAGGAACUUGGUCAGUAUUCCGACCAAGUCUCGUAUCAGAUUCGAUUCGAGACGACAGUCUCCAAGAAGACCGCCAUCAAGUUCAUGACAGAUGGUAUUUUGUUGCGAGAGAUUGCAGAUGACUUUGCCCUACGCAAGUACUCCGUUCUGAUCAUUGAUGAAGCUCACGAACGGAGUGUCAACACCGAUAUUCUCAUCGGAAUGGUCAGCCGUAUCGUGGACCUGCGCAAGUCGAUGAGUGAGGAGGACCCGUUUGUGAAGCCUUUAAAGGUUGUCAUCAUGUCUGCCACGCUUCGUAUCUCAGACUUUACGGAAAAUCCGAGCCUAUUUCGCGAGGGUCCACCUCCAUUGGUCCAAGCCGAGGGUCGUCAGUAUCCUGUGACUGUUCACUUCGCUCGUCGGACCCAGCGCGACUACGUGGAGGAAGCUUUCCGCAAGGUUUCUCGCGGUCAUCGCAAACUUCCCGCUGGUGGAAUGCUUGUGUUCUUGACUGGUCAGAACGAAAUUCGACUUUUGUCGAAGAAGCUCAAGCAGGCAUUCAAACCAACACAGCGUCUCGAUACGACACAGGCCAAAGUCCAAUUUUCCGCCAACGACGCACCUCUGGAAGCUGAAGACUUGGAACUUGGUGGUAUGGAGAUGGACAAUGUAGGAGAUGACGAGGAUGACCUCGAAAUCACUGGAUUGGAUGAGCCAGAGGAUGAUGAGGACUUUGAUCUCGGUGAAGAUGCUAUGGACUCUUCAACCAAGGUGCAUGUCCUUCCUUUGUACUCGCAACUGCCAACCAAAGAACAGAUGAAGGUGUUUGAGGCACCACCAGAAAACUCGCGCCUCAUCAUUCUUGCCACCAACGUUGCCGAAACAUCUCUUACUAUUCCCGGCAUCAAGUAUGUGUUCGACUGUGGACGGUCCAAAGAGAAGCAAUACGACCUUUCCACUGGCGUCCAGAACUUCCAAAUCGGCUGGAUCAGUAAGGCCAGCGCAAACCAGCGUGCUGGUCGUGCUGGUCGAACAGGCCCUGGUCACUGUUAUCGACUGUACUCUUCGGCAGUCUACGAAGCUGACUUUGCCGAUUACACUGACCCUGAGAUUCUCCGCACCCCCAUCGAGGGAGUCGUUCUCCAGAUGAAGAGCAUGGGUCUACACAAUGUCAUCAACUUCCCCUUCCCUACACCUCCAAGCCGACAAGGCCUCGCCAAAGCGGAGAAGCUGCUCAAGAACCUCGGCGCUCUCACUAGCAGCGGACAAGUCACUCAGAUUGGUCGUCGUCUUUCGACGUAUCCUCUCUCCCCUCGCUUCGGCAAGAUGCUCUACAUCGGCCACCAGCAUGGCUGCAUGCCCUAUGUCAUCGCCCUUGUCGCAGCCCUGGCGGUCGGCGACCUGUUCGUUGCCGAGAAUCAACUCCCCGGCAACGAGGCCCUAUUCGCCAAGAGCAAGAAGCCCGACUCGGACUCGGACACGAGUGACUCGGAAGACGAGAAGGUAUACACCAAUGCAGACCGCCUCGAAGACACCCAGCGCGAACAGCGUUCAAAGGAAUUCGCUCGCGUCCACCGUCUUCUAAGCAAACACGACGACACCAGUGAUGCACUGAAAUAUCUCUCUGCCAUUUGCGCCUAUGCCUACGCUCCCGAUGGCGAGGCCUUCUGUGAGCAGAUGUUCCUGCGUGCCAAGGCCUUCAAAGAAGCAUCCCAGCUGCGUCACCAGCUUUCCGAUAUUGUGCGCUCCAACAACCCAGGCCUCCUCGGCGCCUAUUCAGCCAAGCUGCCCGAACCCUCGCCCAAGCAACUCAAAGCUCUCAAGCAAAUUGUCACAGCCGGAUUCAUCGACAACGUCGCCAUCCGCGCAGAAUUGGCCCCCGUGCCACCUGAGAACCCGCGUGCACCUCGCCGUGCCAUCGACGUGCCAUACCUGACGCUCUUCCGCUCGCGCGACCGCCACGCAGAUGACAUUGCUGAACGUGCAGUCUUCGUUCACCCUACUUCCGUGCUGGCCAAGCUCACGCCAAAGGAAAUGCCCCCGUACAUCGUGUACUCGCAUCUGCAGCAGUCGGCUGCAGCGCCUCUUUCGGGCCAGACACCCAAGAUCCGCAUGUUCCCGCUCGUUGCGCCUAGUGGCCUGCAGCUAGCGGCUAUCGCCCAUGACACGCCGCUUAUCGAGUACGGCAAGCCUGUGGGCAAGACGGAGCUUCUGGAGGGCAUCCCGCAGCGCAGAUCGUGCUGGGUUGUGCCUGCGUUGGUGGGCGACUCUGGGAGUACCGGGUGGCCAUUGCCAGCGAAGAAGGUGGUGCAGAGAAAAGAUCCCAAGGAGGGCUGGGUGAUUGAGAAGUUCGUGGCAUGA